UGCAAAACGGCCGGCCUUGCCUGUUUCCUUCAGUCUUGUUCCUCUCCCUCAUCUCGCAUUUCUUUGCACUACCCUUUUUACGAGCGGCGUCGACGACAUUAUAGGACAUAAUGACCGGCAGUCCACCCGAUAUGUCAACCCUCAAUAUCGCGCCGCAACGGCUUCACGACAGUUACGAUUACGAAGGAAACAGUCCCGCUGGCAGGCAGCCCUACCAUUUUGCGACUACCACGGGUAUACCUGCACAGAGUGCCUACCAGGGACUGGGUGUCGGCCAGUCGCCCUUGAAGAACAAGCCCGCGCGCGGCGGGCUGCCCACGCAAUGGAUGGACAGCCCUGACAGCCGCUCGCUGUCCCCUCAAAACAACUCUGACUUCAGUUCCGCUGGCGGCAGUCCUCCCCCUAUGAGUCACGUUAAUCCUGGACUCGCCUCGCCCGGCCAAAUUGGCGACGACGAGAUCAUCCCCACCGCUAUAGUUAUAAAGAACAUACCGUUCAACGUCAAACGCGAGACGCUUCUUGACAUAAUUGCGUCACUGUCGAUCCCUACUCCGUACGCCUUCAACUACCAUCUCGAUCAGCAGGGCUCGUUCCGUGGGCUUGCGUUCGCCAACUUCCGCCAGGCUGCCGACGCCGACGCGGUCGUCGCUGCCCUGAAUGGCUUUGAUGUGCAGGGCCGCAAGCUCCGCGUCGAGUACAAAAAGGUCCUCCAAGCCGGCGAGAAGGAGCGCAUUGAGCGUGAGAAGGCGCUCCGUCGCAUGCGCUCUAUGCAGAUGCAGAAGGAGGAGACCACGGCCCCUCCGGCUGGCAUGUACGACGAGUUCGGGUACCCAACCCAGCCGCGCGGAUACGGGGCGACUUCUCCCUACCAGCAGAACUCCUACCAGGCUCCGCCGGGCAUGCCCAUUCCGUCCUUCAAUCCGGGCCUGUCGUCUCCCCCGGCGCCUCCCCAGCCGUCUGUUACCCCGAGUUCCGAGAAGUCCUCUUCGUCGAACGAGUUGGAUCUCAACGAUCCUGCUACCCUGGAGAUUUACUCCAGAAUUCUGCUCUUCAAGGACGACCACAUGCGCGACGAACUGGCGUUCUCGCGCAACCUGACCGCUAAGCAGCGCAGGAUUGUGCAUCUCAUCGCUCAGAAGCUCGGUGUUUUCCACUACUCGGUUGGCGAAGGGGAGGAGCGCUACGCGGUCGUCACUCGCAUCGACCCCAACAGGCGUCAGCAACCCCACACAUUGUCGCGGGCGCCGUCGGCCUAUCUUGCGCCUUCGGGUCAGGUGACUGCGAGCAGCCUGCGCGUCAAGAAGUCUAUGCCGGACAUGAAGACUCUGCACUCUCAGGCGCCUCGUCUGAACACGCGCGCCUCGAAUGGCAACCUGCGCGAGGGCUAUGCCACGAUCGCUUCCCCUGCUCGCCGUGCGUCGGCUGGGUUCGGCACCCUCUUCGGCGGCGGGGGCGGCGGGUUCGGUGGUGUGCCCCCUGUCCCGAGUUUGCCCUCGUCUAUCUCUUCCGGUCCGCUUAAUGGCGGUGGCGGAAGCGGCCACGAGAGCCCUGGUGGUGUUGUUCGGCAGCCUCGGGGGCCCGGCGUUGGUGGAUUCGGACGCCGCGAGAGCCGUGUCGCCGCCAGCGAAGGACAACCAAGAGGUGGGCUCGAAGCACAAACCUAUGAACCACUGGAGAUCUGAUGUUGUACUUGGGCUUCAGCUCGCACUGAUAGCCUGCAGGGCUCCGACGGGCGCGGGGAGUGAACUUCACAAGCUGUUGACUUGUCUUGCUUUAUCUGCCUAGAAAUGAAGAACAUUCCGUCCUUGCUGUACCACCUACCACAACGCUUCUGGUGCUGAUAAAGCUAUAGGGUCCGUGUUCUGUACGCUCGUUCUGAUUCACUAUCCUUGUUGGCCAUCCCGAGUUCUAUACUACUACUUCAUCUUCCUCUUCUUUUUUGCAUAAACCGCUCGUCUUUUGUCCAUCGUGGAUUAGUCUUAGCAUGAUACUCACCUACCCAUAUCGUAAUCCCUCCGAUUUCGUCUCUUUGAUCUAACUGACUGCUUAAAUACUGAUAUUACGCCGCUGUGCGACGGGCCCCGUAGACAGAAUAUGUAUGACCUGGUUGCGAGCUGCUUGCAAGAGGCGAAACGUUCGGCGGGACGAGUCGGGCCG